AUGUCUAAGGUGCCGUUUGUCGGGAACAAUGAAAUCCUCUUCGAGCGACCCAGGAAGCGUGAUGGGGAGGCUGUGAUCAAUAUGCCCGCUCCGCUGGCAGUCCGCAGAAAUAGAGAAGCUGACUGCCAGUCGUCUGGCCACCGAUUGGCCCCAAAGAGGAGAAAUUGUCUCCGGCCCUGGCUACCCCUGUGGGAUAAUCCUGAGGUGUCCGAAUUUUCCGAAUUUUCCGGCUUUGUUUCAUGGGUGCGACAAGGAUGUUGGUCGGAUGCUGACCGGAGCUUUGCCGUAUAUGGCGUGCAUGUUGCAUCGGACUUAACACCUUGUGAAUUGUGA